GCUUCGACGCUGCAGGCUAGCAUGCCUUCACUGUUCUUGUCUCUUCUUCUAUCUCUGCUUUAUCUCGUUUACGCCGAUGACGUCGACGAGGCAGAAAUAUACUAUCGAGGCAACGAUUUGGUUCUGGACGCAGCAAGUGGAAACGUCGUAAUACGCCACAACAGUGGGAAUGAAACGAGUCUGCACGACGUGCGACAAGAACUUCAACUUAUGAGAAACCAGAUUUCUUCCGUUUUAGCAGCAAACUGCAACGACGCAAUUAAAAAAGGAUUGUGGCUCAAUGUGUCUUCAGAUGGUUGCAUGCUGUCGCUGCCUUCUUGUUCCGGUGAUGGAGAGGUGAUAGCUUGGGAACACACAACCAGUACGUUCUCCUGCUCUUCCAACCUCAGCCAACAGACUCUAGGCUUACAAUCCCAAUUGAAAAAGGCUCUUUCUCAAUUGAAAACACUUAAAUCCGGCGCAGCAUCCGCAUAUGUUCGUCUGCAGGGGUUCAUUGCAUGCCAGAGGAAGGGGAUGAGCUACAACGAAACUCUAGAUGUGUGUGUGCCCAUGGUGCCCGAGUGCACACGAGACGGUGAGAUUCUCGUCUGGAAUGUGGGAGAGAAUCGCUACCGCUGCUCGAGUUUUCUCGUUGACUCCGUCGAUGCGCUCCAGACGGAAAUAAAACGGUUGUCGUCGCAAGCGCUGAGGGUCAACCAGAUUGGCGACACACCCGAAACAGCGGGAAUCACUUGCCGGGACGUGCUGCAAAAGCGUGGGAAACUACCAAGCGGAUCAUAUUGGAUAGAUCCGAGUGCGAGUGGCAACGCGAGCAAAGCUUUCCAGGUCUACUGCGACAUGCUAACGGACGGAGGCGGGUGGAGCCUGGUGACGGUCGUCAAGGCGGCCAAUGCUUCGUACGAGAAGAAAUACCCAGUAAACGGACUAAACGAGGACAACAUGUUGGCUGAUCGCACAGACAAGUGGGCUAGUCUCAGUCAAAUUCAACUCAAUCAGGUCUACAACGCAUAUAACGACACGAUCAUGAGGGUCUACACGUCGGCUUUUAUUAGUGUGCAUACAGGUGAUCGGUCGCCCAGCCCACGCACAUACUACUUGCAAAAGAUGGAUAACGAAAAGCUUAAUUUUGACGCAUUUCGCGCCAUUCGGUAUGUGCCGCUGUGGGGAGUGAGGACUAAAGGCGACUACAAACUUAAUUACUUUCGCGACGGAUUGAGUAAUCCGUAUAAUCACGUGACUCACAGUUUAACUGACUCGAAUAGGAGUAAACAGCUGCAUCACUGGGAGGCACACGUCGUGAGAGUGAAUGGGAGAUUCUACACGACCAGCAGACAUGGAAUAGUUGGAGACGCGUUCAGUAACUGCGAGUGGCUCUAUAAAUUCAACUUCUCUUCCUCUAGACAUAAAUCGUCUCUCUUGAAUUGCAGAGCAGAUGCUGUUGUUUACGGGAAAAUAUGGAUCAAGUAAAAAUCUAGCAUUUUUCCUAAGUGAUCAAUCUUGCUAGAAGUGAGUAAUGCGUUUAGUUCUGGUAGGCCAAGACCGCAUGGUAAUGCAUGUUGGUUUGUUUGUUUGUAUGUUUGUGGGUGUGCAUGUGUGUGUAUGGGCUCGCCCGUGCCUGCGUGUGCUUUCUGUGUUCUGUACAUGUGGCUGGUGUCUGUCUAUUUGUUUGUCAAUACAUAUAUCUAAACAUUUCACUUUAA